UUAAAAAAGAAGAUUGAGAGAAGUAGAAAUAGGACGCCGGAAGAUUUUGACAAGUGACAAGAAAAUAAUCCCGAAAACUUGUUGGGAAUUUUCUGUUUUAUAGAAAAUUUUAUAUUGGUUCAUUUGUAUUGAGUGAAAUAAAAAAAAAUGGCUAAGCCAGAUACAGAUACCGACUCUGAUAAAGAAAAAAAGAAGGAAAAAGUAAAAGAUAAAAAAAAGCGUUCAGCUUCUGGGAGUAGUAGCAGCAGCAAGAGCAGUUCUUCUGACAGCAGUUCUUCAACUUCAAGAUCAUCCAGUUCUUCUAGUUCCGGAUCUAGCUCUAGAUCUAGUAGCUCUUCUUCAGAUUCAUCCUCCUCAAGCAGUGGUAAUGAGAGAACAAGGCCAAGAAGAAGAUCUACAUCAGCUGCUAAACUAACAAGUAAACAUAAAGAUGUAAAAGAAAAGGAAAAAGAUAAAGAGAAGAAGGAAGUAAAGGAGCGUGAAAGAGAAAAGGAUAAAGAAAAAGUGGAGCCCAAAAAAGAUGAAAAGGAUAGGGACAGAGAGAGAGAAAAGGACAGGGACAGGAAGGCACAAACUCCCGUCAAAGAUAAGGAGAAGGAAAAGGAUAAAAACCAUGUUCGCACUAGAACAAGGUCCAGAUCUCCAAGAAAACGCCGUCGCCGUUCCCCUACACCGCGCCCAACAAAAAUUCAUAUUGGCCGUCUUACUAGAACAGUCAACAGAGAACAUAUUUUGGAAAUCUUUGGGACUUAUGGCACAAUAAAGCAUGUUGAAUUUCCAAAGGACCAUGCACACCCCAAUUUGGGGCGCCUAUACUGUUAUGUUGAGUAUGCAACAGCUGAUGAAGCUGAAAAUGCCAUGAAGCACAUGGACGGCGGACAGAUUGAUGGUCAGGAAAUAACCGCUGCGCCAGUUUUGAUUUUACCAAAACCACGUCCUAUGCCUAUGAGAAGAUCUCCUCCUCCACCAAUGAGAAGACCUCCAAUGCAUAGAAGGACGCCUCCAAGAUUUCGGAGAAGAUCUCCCAUCAGACCUAUGAGGAGGUCAUCUCCAAGACGCAGGGCACACUCUAGGAGUCCCCCACCUAGACGGAGGAAGCAUUCUAGAUCCAGUUCCAGUAGCUCUUAAGGGAAAUAAUUUUAGAGUGUGUGAAAAUUUAUGAAAGUUUAUUUUCAUUGGAAGAAAUAAUUUGAAAUGCUUGUAUUUGUAAAAACAAGUUUUAUUAAAUAAACAAACUAUGAUCUAACAACAA